GCAUACCAUAACCAAUAUUACUUCAAACAAAGCUCAAAACAAGAAAAACAGAGCUGAUUCAUAAGAACGGCCAUGGCGAUGAUGAUGAUGAUGAUGUUGAUGCAGCCCAAGAUUUCCAAGUUGCCCGUCUUGCUCCCGCUGAUGAUCAUAUGUGUCGUCCUAAUUCCAUGCACGUUAUUUUCCCCUUAUCAUUCCGUUCAAUUUCUUCUUCAUAUACACCCAUAUGGUAAUGAUUUCACUGCGGGCUGCAGGUCUUUGCCCUACAGGCGAAUCGAGAGAAGUUAGUUCCCGAUAUGAUAUUGCUCCGGCGAUGGCGGCUACGAACACUUCCGGCGACAGCACAGAGAUCAAUGUCAGGUAUAGGUCUCCGGCCGUGAAACAGCCAUUCACGAAAUCGAUCGAUAUUGGAAUAUAAAUAGUGGUGGGUAGUUAUCAUAAAUGGUCACAAACCUAUUCACUUUGUACAAAACGGUCACAAUUCUUCAAUUUUGCACGUUUUGGUAAAACAAGUUUGAACUAAUAACGAAAUGGUCAAUCCGUCCAAUUCCGUCCAAAACUCCGUUACCUGUUGCCCAUUCAGCAUGACACGUCAUUAAAAUAUUAAUUAAAUAAGCAAUUAAUCACCCCACUUAACCCGUACAACCCAACCGGUCGUAACCAGCCGAAUUACCCACCCCUUCCUGAAUUACUCACCUCCUUCCCGAAUUGGAGAAAAAGCCAGCGACCCUUCCCGAGUCUGCGGCUGAAGAUCGGCAGAAUGGUAUUCCCUCGACAUAUCAUUGAGCCAUGUGGGUUCUCCAUAAUAAUUAUGACCAGUUCCUUUAGAUAAUUUCGCUCUUAAUACAGGAUCAUUUAGGUCAGUUUUUUUUUUUUUUUAUUGGGAUAGGUGGAUUUUUACAAACCCAUCCUCCGAAGGAACCGGACAUGACAAGUUUUCACCAUCCGGCUCGAGCAAGAAUCAAACGAACCAAAAUGAUCUAUAUAAAAAUUUUGAACCUGGUGGUCCUAGGUUUGAAUCUGUUAAGUAGUACCUAAAUAACUUAUACCGUUUUAGUAUUAUAUAUACUCACUUAUAGAGUGAACAUUGGACACUUGCAUGAGCAGUAUCGGAUCCAGGGAGAGACCUUUUCUGGUUAAUUACAAUCUCAACCCUCCGUCUGGAUCCAGAACUAAUAAUAGUAAAUGAGAUCUACGUGCUUCCAACUUUUAUCAUUUCUUUCGGCCCAAUAUAUGCUCGUCAGUAUCUAAUUUACUAUUCAAACGUGGUCCAGUGCUAUAUUAUGUCCUGAAUCCGCGACCGCAUACAUAGUAUACUUAUACUAGCUAGUAUAAUAUUGUGUAAGAUCGAGCCACAUGAAUUAUUAUACAUCAUCUGGGAUUUGCUGCAUGCAUAUCUUGCAGUGUCACCGCCGAUCACGAUGAUGAUCUUCGCAGUCCACCGGAGAUCACAGGAAGGACGGCCGAGUAUAGUGGUCAGAAUGCAUCGGUACAGGCCAACUGCGGUUGGAGUUGCAACAACAGGUUGUGCUCCGAUGCUCACCCUGAUUGGUAUAGCGCUGAUCCUUAUUGCUUUGCCGGUUGCGACUGUUUCCAGAUGGAAUGUGUACAUAUUUGCCCCACGCAACCUCCACCGUAGCAGCUACUGAUAAUUACAUAUAAUCGCCAUGAAUAAUGAUGAUGGAAAGCAGAAGAUAUUGAUGAUCUAUGUGCUGGGCUUUUUCGUUCUCUACUGUUCUCUCCUUAUAUACAUGCUUACUUACGUAAGUACGUAGGUUCUAGCACUUCACUAGUAUGGCAAAAUCUUGUAACCAGCUUUUAAUUUUCAUGCAUGUAUUGUUUCUGAUAAAAAACAAAAAAACGACGCAUUGUAAACAAUACAUGCAUAAUGACAAUCUCAACAAAACAAUCGCAACUUCCAAACGACCCCUUAUAUACAAAUGAAGUUUUUUUUUCUCCCUCGUAUGGUUGAAUUGUACAAAAUAUAAACAUUGACCAACUCACGAAAGAGCUUACACGUCUUAUCUCAUCCCCGUCAUAAACAAACUGUUCAGACUAAACCGAAUUGUUGAAAGAGAUCCAUAUAUGAGUUUUAAGCACUUCCUUAUCAUCUCUUUAGAAAAGCUAGCCAAUGUCGAGAUCAUCAACAGUACUGCUAUACAUAUCCAACGGAAUCGCGAGCUAUGUUUCUGACAAAAACAAAAAAAAAAUUCUUGGUGCAUGGGACAACCUCGUCUAUUUCUUGACAAACAAAUACUUCAUCAUUACCGUGUUAAAUACAGUUUAUAAGUCCUUCAGAUAGUUGUUAAAUACAGUUUUUAAAUACAG